AUGACUGAUUUAACUCCAUUAUUCAACCAAUGCGUAGAUAUAAUCCAAUCAGAACCUAAAAACAAAGUCUACCUACAGCAACUAAAAACUGAAAAAAAUCACAAACUAGAUCAUGAACCACCAUAUAUUGUCAAAGACACAUUCAUAAAAGAAUGUAUAGAACUUUAUGACACUUUAUCUAGUCUAACACAAUUCAUCAUUGAAAUACAAAAGGAAUAUUUAUCAAUAUCAGAAACUCAAAGUAACUCCCAAUUGAAAAAUAAAAUCGAUGAAGAUUUUAAUUUCAAAAUUCAACAAUGUUUUAAAAAGAUUAGCUUUUUAGAAAAUUAUGAAAAGAAAAGAAUUGAACUUGUAACUUCAAAUAUACUGAAAAAGAAAAAUUGGUUUUUUGGAAGUAAUGAAGAACAAGAACAAUAUUUUAAAACAAUAUCAGAACAUAGAUCAACAGUAAUAAAAUUUUUAAGUGAAUCAUUAUUUAAUAUUUCUAAAAAAUUUGAAAAAAUUCAAAGAAAAAGACAAUUGAGAGAAAAACAAUUAAAUUCAUUAAAUUUUCAAAAUUUAGAAGAUGAUGAUGAAUUUAUUAUUGAAGACAAUCAAUUUAUAAAAUUAGAUGAAAUAAAUCAAAAAUUUGAAAUUGAAAAUGAUAACGAAAAUGAAUAUCCACAACAACAACAACAACAACAACAGCAAUUAAAUUCAGAACAAAUUCAACAAUUAGAAUCAGAAAAUCAAGAAUUUUUAAAUUAUAAAACUUCACAAUUAAAAAAAGUAGAUAAUAUUCAACAAUCAAUAUUAGAUAUAAUAAAUAUUCAAAAUGAAUUAAGUUUUAAAAUUCAAGAACAAGGUGAAACUAUAGAUAAUUUAUUAGAUACUCAUUCACAAGUUGAAUAUGAAGUUAAACAAGGUAAUAAAACUUUAAAUCAAGCUACAAAAAAAAAUAAAAGAGGUUCAAAUUAUAUUGUUUUACUUUGUAUAUCUUUAGGUUGUUUGAUUGUAAUAUUUGAUUUUUUAAAGUUUAUAUGA